AUGCAUUUACUGGCUCAUCAAUGGAGCAUAAAGCUAUGGUUGCUGUAUUUGUUGUUGGUAUUUACUGUACAGUGGUACUCUGCUGAUGGAGCAUUGUUCAAAAAUAAUACAUUACUGAUGAUACCGGGUAUGGAUGUUAUGACAACAGAUAAAUAUCCACAUAUCGGUAUCAUUGAACGAGUCUCCAGAACCAGCAAAGCUAUGCACAGGCAUCGACGACAAGUCAUUGCUGGGCCAAUUUAUGAAUGGGAAACCUAUGAGAUACCGUAUACAAUUUGGGGAGGUGAUUGUAAGUUACUGCUUUAUCUAUUUGUUUAUUUAUAUAUUUCGAUUGACCAUUGA